AAACAGUUUUCAACAAAGAUGGAAAGUAAGGUACUUGUUUCAGCAGUUUCUCUGAUUCUUGUAGUUGGUGUUGCAUUAGGUGUUGUUGCUCUUGUUCGAAGCAACGGGCCAGGUGAGAGUGGAGGUGGCGAUUUGAAUGCACAUACUAAAGCGGUUCAAGCCGUGUGUCAAAGCAGCGAUGACAAAAAAUUGUGUGUUGAUACUCUUAAACCUGUUAACACAUCGGACCCAAAUGAUUAUAUAAAAGCCGUUGUUAAAACUUCCUUGGAAAGUGUCUUCAAAGCGUUAAACUUGAGCGAUAAGCUCAUAAUUGAAAAUGAAAAGAAAGAACAACCCACCAAGAUGGCACUUGAGGAUUGUAAAGAUUUGUUACAAUUCGCAAUUGAUGAAUUACAAGCGUCUACUAUUUUAGUUAAUGACGGCCAAGGUAGAAACCCGAACGAUCGUGCUGCGGAUCUUAAAAACUGGUUAGGUGCUGUUAUUGCGUAUCAACAAUCAUGUCUAGAUGGUUUAGAUACGGAUAACGAAAAGAAGCUUCAAUCAGAGUUGAAAACAGGUAGUUUGGAUCAGGUAGAGAAACUUACCGCACUAGCGCUUGAUAUUGUGACUGCUGUUUCGCAAGUACUAUCUUCAUUGAAUUUGGAUUUGAAUGUGCAACCUACGCAUCGUCGUCUUUUUGACGUGGAUAGCGAUGGUUAUCCGGAAUGGAUGAGUGGCCCGGAUCGUAAGUUAUUGGCUGAUAUGCGUACAGGAGCCGCUGUUACACCUAAUGUGGUUGUUGCCAAAGAUGGUUCUGGACAAUUUAAGACGGUUCUUGAGGCAAUUAAUUCAUACCCGCCAAAACAUGUUGGUAGAUAUGUUAUCUAUGUUAAGGCCGGUGUCUAUGACGAAUAUAUUCAGAUUGACAAAAAGAAGAAGAGUAUGUUGAUCUACGGCGAUGGCCCUACAAAGACUAUUAUCACCGGCAAGAAAAAUGUUGUUGAUGGUUGGAAGACCAUGAGAUCUGCUACAUUCUCUACUGUUGCUGAAGAUUUCAUUGCAAAGGCAAUUGCAUUCGAGAAUACUGCAGGAGCAAACAAACAUCAAGCCGUGGCGUUACGAGUGCAAGGUGACCGAUCGGCUUUCUACGACUGUGCCAUGCGUGGUUACCAAGACACAUUAUACGCCCACGCCCAUCGUCAGUUCUACAGAAACUGCGAAAUUUCUGGGACAGUUGAUUUCAUUUUCGGCUACGGAUCAACACUGAUACAAAACUCGAAAAUUGUAGUCCGAAAACCCGAACCAAAUCAACAAAACAUCAUUGUAGCCGAUGGAACAAUUCAAAAGAACAUGCCUACAGGAGUUGUGCUGCAAAACUGCGAGAUCGGACCAGAGCCAGCACUACAAGCAGAUAGAUUGACGGUGAGAUCAUAUUUGGCAAGACCAUGGAAAGCAUAUUCUAGGGCAAUAUUCAUGGAAAAUGUGAUUGGUGAUUUGAUUCAACCAGUGGGAUUUCUUCCUUGGAAUGGGAACCUAUUUCUUGACACAUGUUACUUUGCUGAGUAUGCAAAUACUGGACCUGGUGCAGACGUUAAAGCAAGAGUUCCGUGGAGCAAAGGUGUUCUUAGCAAAGCUGAUGCAAUGAAAUAUACUGCUGAUCAAUGGCUUAAAGGUGGAAUUUGGUUGCCUGCUACUGGUGUACCAUUUGAGCUUGGCUUCACUAAACCUUGAAACUAAAUGCAUGAAUCAUUGCCAUAAAGGAGUAUACAUAGAGAAGAAACUCCUAUAGGAAAAAUUCUAUAGAUUAAGAAAAACACUAAGGAUAUAGUAGAAAUAAAUUUGGAUUAGUACAGAUGA